GAAAAAGUCCUUCAAGUCUGCUGCUUAAGUUUCGAAGAAGACCACCCACUACUCUCUUGACUUGUUUUCGUUGACCCUUCAUCUCUUAUCAACCACUCUUAUUUCAUUGCUAUAAAAAGCCUCAAACAAUCAUCUUCAUUUUAUAACUUCUUUUCAAUUUUCUAUUACAAUCUGCAUCAAGUGUUCUUCUACCUUAUAGCUCUUAUCUUACAAUGAUGAAAGUUGUAUUAAAGUUGGAGAUAAAUGAAGACAGAAUCAAGCAAAAAGCUAUGAAGGCAGUCUCUGGCCUUUCAGGAGUUGAGUCAGUUUCAGUGGACAUGAAAGACAAAAAAUUAACCUUAAUUGGAGAUAUUGAUCCAGUAAGAGUAGUGGCUAAGCUAAGAAAGUUUUGUCACGCUGAAAUCCUUUCUGUUGGACCAGCUAAAGAAGAAAAGAAAGAAGAACCUAAAAAGAAGGAAGAUGUUAAGAAGGAUGCAACAAAAGAAACUGUGAUUAAUCCUUUGAUGUUCUAUGGAACACAAGCCUAUUAUAAUCAUCAAAUGAAACCACAAUACAACCCUUAUUACGGUGCUGUUAGUGUUGAAGAGGAUCCUAACAGCUGUGUUAUCAUUUAAAUUUUUUAUAUUAUAUUUGAUAAAAAGUUAAUCUGAUAGUUAUUGUAUUUGUUUAUAAAAAAAAAAGAACCAUGUUUUGGGCAACUUUACCAACAAUACUUGCCUUACAGGGAAAAUUAAAAAAGAAAAAAGAAAGAAGAAAGAAACAUAGUGCAACAAGAGACAAAACCAUUCAUUAAUGUCGAAAUAUAGGAUUUUCCAUCAAGUGCGACAUCUCAUUAAUCUCUAAAAAUGUUGUUAUCUCGGUUGAAAAAAUAGUUAAUUUAGAUUUUAGAUUACUUUCAAAAUUGUGAGAUUGCAGUUAAUUUAAUGAAUUUUUACCAUUAACUGAAUUAGCUACUUACUUAACUGAAUUAACUGCGAGUUUAAUAUAGCAAUUAACAAGGUGAUGCCCAUGUAAGAAAAAAUGAGUAUCUGAUUAAUUCUGAAAUUUAUGAUAGAGUAUAAGAGGAAGAAUUGUCUUGCAUGGUUUACUCUGGACCAAUGUUAAAAAUGAUUGAACUUGAACAAGUAUUGUACAUUCCAAAAAGCAUUAAUUGAUUAAUUGCAAGUGUAUAAGGACAAUAUUAAAAACACAACUGUCAAUCAUGUGCAGACCGUUUUCAUAAUAGUUGGAUCAACAAAGUGUCUUAUGCUGCUAAGUGACUUAAGUUGACU